AUGGAGAAAUCCACGUAUAAAGCACAAGACAUUGCUACUUGUCAAUUCUGCGACGGUAUUGGUAAAUCGAAAUGUUUACAUUGUAAUAUUACAUUAUGUGAUGGAUGUCAGAAUAAUUUUCAUAGAAAGAUCAGAUCUUCUGGUGAACAUAAGGUUAUUGACUUGAAGGAGUUAUAUACAGUGGAUGGCAAUGAAGUAGCCCGGAUAAUCGAUAUCAUAAAUAUAGAGUGUGCCAACCACAAGUCGGAUAAGAAAGCGGUAGUUUUUUGCAGAGGUUGUAAAAUAUUUGUAUGCUUCAAAUGCUUUCUCCAGGAGCACAAGAGUCAUGAUGCUGCUGAGAUAAAAGACGUUUAUAGAGAGAAGAAACAUUUUUUGGAACAACAAUACUUGGCAGUAGAGCAAGAUUUACACAUCUUUAGCACAAACAGACAUCAACUCGAAAAGAUGAAAAAAGAGAGAGAUUCUCAGUUGGAAGAUGUACGCAUGAAAAUUGAACAAAAGAGAGAUGCAAUGACAUCGAAAAUUGAGAAACACGCUACAGAACUAGUAGAGGAAGCAAAUAAAAUGUGGGAACCUCAAGAAGUAAUUCUUACAAAACAACAGAAAAAAAAUACAGAAAUUGAGAUUGACUUAUCACAAAGAAAAGAAGUAAUUGAAAACGCGCUUCUUUCUCAAACUGCUUUGUCAAUAUUUACUGCCAGUGACGAAAUCCACGCAAAAGAACCUUUGCCAAAAAACCAAGAUGAUCCAGUUUAUUUUAAUCAAAUGAUGUGGACCGAAAACAAGCCGAUAUAUGCUGAUAUUGCAAUGGGACUGGUAGUUAAAAUCCCAGAACUGAAGACGACUAAGACCCUAACUUCAGACGUAAAAGGUAUCGUAAGAUUGGAUUAUUUUAACAAUGAAAUGAGAGUUUUGUUUUGUCCAGAUAAACAAUGUUUAAAAACUUUUACAAUCCAAGACGGUCUUAUGUCAUCCGAAAUGCUAAUUCAAAAUGUAAAAGUUCUAGGUGUGACACAUUUUAACAACAAUAAACUUCUUAUUUCUAGCGUUGGUAGCAGUAAAAUAGAGAUAGUACAUAUCGAUGGCAAUAUUGAAACAUUUACGUCUAUUCCACCUUUUUAUAUCAGAGGAAUUUACACAACAGAGAAAAACGUUAUGAUAGGUUUUAUGGACAAGGGCACACCGCUUCAACUCACAGAAGACAGUCGAAGGGGAAUUAUGAUACUAGACAUGAAAGGCACACUCAUGAGAAUGGUGGAAUAUGAUGUUGACAAUAAAAGAUUAUUUUCUGUCCCAGCUGUGAUUAAGUCAAAUAUCAAUGGUGAUAUAUGUGUAGUUGACACCAUACAUUUCUUUUAUAAAGGAAGGGUAGUAGUUUUAGGAGCAUGGGGUAACCUGAAAUGGAUAUAUAAUGGGCAUCCUAGUAUAAACGGUUGCAAUGAAACGUCAACUUUUACUCCCUCAGAUAUCGCGACAACAACAACCGGGUUCGUGUUAGUGACCGACUUUAAAAAUGAUACAAUACAUGUACUAUCGAUAAACGGAGACUUUUUGUCACAUUUCUCCGAGAAAGACGUUGUUGCACGCCCAUUAAGUUUGUACAUUGAUAACGAAGAUAAUAUUCUGAUUGGCUGUUCCGGAAGUGACGAGGGGCUAGCAAAAUUACACGUUGCUACAUUUUUGCAAUAA